GCUGAAGAAAUCCGGUUGAUCUUUGGUGCACUGGCACUCUUGACAACGAAUUUCUCCGAAUAGGGCUCCCGCAACUGAGAAGAGCGACAAAAUGGCCGCAAUUGGCUCCUUGAUCUUUUGCACUGACUGCGGCAAUCUCCUGCCUGCGUCUAAGGGCAGUGAGAAGAACAUUCUCCAUUGCGACUGCUGCGGAGCGGAAAACAGAGAUCACCCCUGGAAGACAGUAACAACGAGAACGAAACCCUCUGAUUUCCCCUCGGCAUUACGUCAGAAACUGUCAAUCGUUCAGACCGUCGAAAGGCACAAGGUGCAAACAGAGCGCAUCGAUUCCAAUACUGAAUGUCCAAAGUGCGGCAAGACCGGAAUACGGUACUCCGAGGUGCAACAGAGGAGUGCUGAUGAAGGCUCAACCAUCAUUUACAACUGCGAUUGCGGCGAAAGGUGGGCUAUGAACAACUGAGGGUCAUUGCCAUACGACGACGAUUUCCGAUUUCCGAAAUCAGAUCCGAUCGAUCUAUACCGAGCUCCUGUGCUACCUGGACGGUCUAAUACCCUUUUUAACGACCCAAACGCCAAAAUACAACUCAACUUAAGCAGUCCCCCUGACCUCCGGAAUCAGCGCAUACUCGGUUUCGUUGCUCUUCU